UUGAGCUCUCUCUCUCUCUCUCUCAAACACACACAAAUAGGUUGGAGGAAAACAGACAGACAAGAGGAAAGAGGGGGAGAAAAGCAAACGCUGAGAAGUCCAGCCUGUCGCGGGCUGUGGCCAUCUUCUUGAAUCAUAAUUUGAUUUGUGCACUCUGAGAGCCUGAGAGAGAAAGAGGGGGAAGAGGAGCACCCGUGCCUUCCACCCCCCACCUCCCGUUCGCCUGAGCCAUAGGGAAAGGCUUCACACACACACACACACACACAGGCCUAGGCCGCAAGUCAUUAGUUCGUGGUGGGCAAGCACUGACAAACGGCUGGAGAGAAGCCCGCAUGAGUGCCUGGGGAGCAACCACAGGAACUAUGGAGGGCUGAGUUGACGGGCACGCUCCUGCUUUUGUUGAUUGCUUUUUGUUUUGUUUUUUGUUUUUUUUUUGGGAAGGAAGCAACACAGAGGAUAUUGUCACAACCGAGCACUCGUGCUUCAACAAGCACGGGGAAGAGCGUCCACUUCCUUGUGUCGAGGAUCUACUUGCGUUUUGUAUUUCGGGAGGCGAGCGCAGGCGGUCCGAGUCGCCUCGUCUGCCGCAGCCGGCGGUGCCUCGAACAAGCCCCACGACCCCGCCAAAGCGAUGUUGUUGUUGUUGUUGUCGUCGCUGCCGCUGUGGGGACAUCAACUUUUUUUUGCCUGAUCUGCAACGUCUUCGGUGUGUGGCACAAUGCCGCUGCUGCCGCUGAGAGGAUUACAGCAGAAGAGGGGAGCUGUGUCUGCAGCCUUGCUGGAUGGAAGGAAGAGCUAGAGCGAGAAAAGGAUUUAUUUUCCAGUGAGGGAAGCCACAGACACAGCACAUUAAUGUCCGCUCCGAGGGGAACUGUACGUUUGACUCAUUGUUUCCUGUGAAAGCUUCCUCGGCUGACGCGUGACACCGCUCGACCGGGCUUCUCGUGCACCAUCUCAGGAAUUAGUCCGGGGGAGAGGAGGAGGAAGAAGAAAAAAAAAGGACUAAACAACAUACAGUGGCUACCAGUUGGAUAAGGGAAGAAGAAAAGCGGGUCGGGGGGGAGGAGGUGGCACUGAAAUCCACAAGCAUGCAAAACUAAAAGUUGCCACACUGAGACUGUUUCCAGGUCAUAGUGGAGUGGGAGGAGACAGAACUGCUCUUGUUUUUUCUGCCAAAACACCCUCCUCCUCCUCAAUGCUAUAGUUUUUUUCACGUUGACAUCUGUUCGUUUAGCCCGAGGACUGUCCCCCCCCCCAUCAGUUCUGCCAUUAUAUGCUCUGAAAUAAUCAAAAGACUUAAUUGACAAAUGAGAGCAGAGGCAAGCAGAAAAUACUGAUCCUCUCCAGGUGAGGGGAAACACUAAAUCUGGGAUUUUGGUGUUUAUGUUACCUUGACAGCAACCAGAGAUCUUGGCUGCCUGUCCCAUUUUCUUCUGCGGUGGUUCGGUAACCAAGCGAUGGCCAUGGUGAGUGGGGGCUGGGGAGAUCCCAAUGGGGGCACAAACGGUUUGGGGGACAAGAGCUACCUGAGGGGGGAGGAGGAGGACGGCUCUCCCCAGGCGGUGGGCAGCGACAUGGAGGCCGGAGACGAUGACAAGGCCUGCGUGGUGGACUGCGUGGUGUGCGGGGACAAGUCCAGCGGGAAACAUUACGGCGUCUUCACCUGCGAGGGCUGCAAGAGCUUCUUCAAGAGGAGCGUCAGACGCAACCUCAGCUACACUUGCAGGUCAAACAGAGAGUGUCAGAUUGACCAGCACCACAGGAACCAGUGCCAGUACUGUCGACUGAAGAAGUGCUUCCGUGUUGGCAUGCGCAAAGAAGCAGUUCAACGCGGUCGCAUCCCACCUCAGCCGAGCCUCAGCCCCUCCAUCACGCCCAUAGGUGGCACAAGCGGCCUUGGUGGCGAGUUCUAUAACAACAACAACAACAACGGAGGAAGUGGUGGCGGUCAGCCAGUGUCAGAGCUCAUUUCUCAGCUGCUGCGAGCCGAACCGUACCCCAGCAGUCGGUAUGGACACCAGUACAACCAACAGGCUGGUCCAGAUAACGCCAUGGGGAUCGAUAACAUCUGUGAACUGGCUGCCAGGCUACUCUUCAGCACCGUGGAGUGGGCCAGAAACAUCCCUUAUUUCCCUGAGCUGCCUGUGUCAGACCAGGUGGCCCUGCUGAGGCUGAGCUGGAGCGAGCUGUUCAUCCUCAAUGCGGCCCAGUCGGCCCUGCCGCUCCACAUGGCUCCCUUGUUGGCCGCGGCCGGUUUCCACUCCUCGCCCAUGUCUGCGGAGCGUGUGGUGUCCUUCAUGGACCAGGUGAGGGUGUUCCAGGACCAGGUGGACAAGCUGACCAGGCUGCAGGUGGACUCGGCUGAGUACAGCUGUCUCAAGGCCAUCGCGCUGUUCUCACCAGACGCCUGUGGUCUAACAGACCCAGUCCACGUGGAGUCUCUGCAGGAGAAGGCUCAGGUGGCCCUGACAGAGUAUGAGAGGAUGCAGUACCCGAGUCAACCUCAGCGCUUUGGACGCCUGCUCCUGCGCCUCCCCGCCCUGCGCGCCGUUCCCGCCAGCCUCAUCUCGCAGCUGUUUUUCAUGCGCCUGGUAGGAAAGACACCUAUCGAGACGCUGAUCCGUGACAUGCAGCUCUCCGGAAGCUCAAUCAGCUGGCCGUAUGUCCCAGGACAGUAGCCCCCUACUGACGAGGUCUCCGUCUGGAAUUAGUGACGACAAGGACCCACAGGAAACCUCUUGACUCAUCACUAUCCAUCUGUGUGGUUAUGAAACUGCAGUGCCAGCAGGCCAUCAUAUGUACUGUACUGUAACCGCUCUAUUCCCCCUCAUGAAACAAGCCCUCUGUCUCCACACGGGACUCCAGAGAAGAGAGGAGCCGGUGCCAGGCUGGAUCUGUCUUGUUGCCAGCCCACUCGUUCUGGUGCCAGGUCUUAGGCCAGAAACAAGCUCUUCAUGCUGGGUUCCGAUAUGGCCACUACAGCCAGUCAUGUCACCACCCACAUGCCAUAGUGACUAAAGACGCUGCAGCUUCAUGUAGAGGGCACCAGCACCCUGCUACAAAUACAUCUAGAGGACAAAACUGUCCCGCCACUCAAAGUCAGCAGAACAGUUUUUUCCACACUGGGCUCAUUUUCCAUGGCACACCAUAUGCAGUGACCUUUUUAUCCACACAGCUGAUAACAUUACAAUACAGUGUCAUGAUUAUAAUGGAUCUAAUUGAACAGUCUGAAGCAUCAGGAAGUUGUGGUUGCGCGGUGAACUGAAUAUAAGACCCAGUAAAGGCCUCCGUUGUUGAAGAGAAAAUUCUGAACUCGCCGCUCUCUUAGCUCAACACUGAGGAAGAAGCCAAGGAACUGAUCAAAUGGAACAGGUAUCAAAUAAAACCAAGGAAAAAUCACCAAAGUCUAUCAUGUCAUCCUCGAAGAUGUUUUUUUAAAAUAGAAUAAUUAGUACACAAAGCAGAGAGAUAGAGACGAACAGACUCUUGUGACUGCCUGACCAUCAAGUGAACAAUGCAUUUACAUUCAUUCACAGGGCUCACUGUUGCUGUAGUUGAAGAAGAUUGGAAGAAGAAAAAAAAAAGCCAGUUAAAUGAGAACGGACUAAUACCUCACUAGACAUCAGAAUGCUUUAGUCUGAUAUUUCCUAAACACAAACCUCUGUAAAUGUUGUUCACCAGAAACCGCCUUCUUUUUGAGAACUGCCUUGUUAUUCAGUAUGAAUUUGGGACAUCUAUGAAAUAUGAAACAAGUCUUCUGAGCAUCACAAACAUUCGUCUUGUAUCUUUUUAAAAAAUGCUCCCCAAAGUGAUUUUCACGUGCGUUUUGAAUAUGAGUUUUGACUGACUGAACAUGCUGAGUUCAGCUAUUAAGUAUCGUUUGGAUCAAGCUUUUUUUAAUUUUUAUUGAGAAAUGGCAGGCAGACGUCAACUCGGGUUCUAGUACAACAAACAAAUGAAGACAAUAAGAAUUAGCUCUACAAAUAUAGUUGGUGAUGAGAGAGUUUAAACCAACACUACCAGUUAAAUACCAGUUUACGUCGAUCAGUGCUGUUUCUGGAGGUAAUGAUCCCUUGAAAAAUGUAUUGAAAUGUGUAUAUAUAUUGAGGCCAACUUUGUCUUUUUGCAUGUUCAAAUGUUGUUUUGGAUGUCUGCUGAGUUGAGACUUUCAUUUUUUUACAUUAUGUAAUUCAAGGUUCAUUUAAACAUUUUAAAUAUUGCUUUCACUAUUAGCUCCUAAAAUGUUUUCUUUUCUACACGUAUUUACAUGAAAAUACCUCUGUCAUCUGUUUGGAUGUCAAAAAAGAAGCUUACCUUCAUACCAUUACAGCUGAUAUGAUGUAGAGAUGUUCAUGUUCUCAUCUCUAAGCAUCUGAGCGAGUCUCUGCUGUUGUGAAUGAUGUGAGACAUACUGUAAUGGAUGAAAAUCUGGUGGGAAAACUGCACUUGGAGGAUAUUAAAUACCAAAACAUCACACUAUCUGUGACGAGUUAAAGACCUGAUUCGCUGGUCCACCCUGAUUUACCUCACACAGGUAUUUCAAGAGGCGAGUUUACAAAUCGACGAAAUCAACUCUAAAUACAACAUAUUUCAGCAUUUAGUGAUGAAAAACAACUAUAAGGAUGUAACUCUGCUUCUUGAUCUACCACCGGGCCUUUUGAAAGUUGUUUGGAUAUUCUUCUUUUAGGCAACAACUCACACAAUCAUGUCAUUGAGAAAAAAAAAAGAUAAAUAUAGUAUUAAUGUUUUCUUAUCUUUGUGUUACCGAGUUUUUAAAUUUUCAUGUGUAUGGCAACGUUAUUAAAAGAAUCAAAAGAUGA